CCGCCUUUCCUCGAUCUUUUAACAUCGGCCAUUUUUGCCGAAAGUCUUGUGUUCUGUUUGGGUCACGAAUCUUUUCGUGUCCCGUAGAUCACUUAUUUAAAGUUCAAUCAAGAUGGUGCAGAAGAAGCCUAAGAAGAAGGUAGGGAAAAAAGUUGCGGCAGCCCCAUUGGUUGUCAAGAAAGUUGAACCCAAGAAGAUUGUUAACCCUCUCUUCGAGAAGAGGACUAAGAACUUUGCUAUCGGUCAGGAUAUCCAGCCGACACGUGACCUCUCCCGGUUCGUGAGAUGGCCCAAGUACAUCCGCAUCCAGCGCCAAAAGGCGGUUCUUCAACGCCGUCUCAAGGUCCCACCUCCAAUCAAUCAGUUCACCCAGACCCUCGAUAAGACCACAGCCAAAGGUCUGUUCAAACUCUUGGAGAAAUACAGGCCCGAGACUGAAGCUGUCAGGAAAGAGAGACUGAGGAAAGCUGCGGAAGCUAAGAUUGCCAAGAAAGAUGAACCACCAGCGAAAAGGCCUAACACAGUUCGUGCCGGCACAAACACUGUCACCAAGCUUGUGGAGAAGAAGAAGGCUCAGCUUGUUGUGAUUGCACAUGAUGUUGACCCUAUUGAGCUGGUGCUGUUCCUGCCCGCCCUCUGCCGUAAGAUGGGUGUGCCCUACUGCAUUGUGAAAGGCAAGUCCAGGCUCGGAGCUCUCGUGCACCGCAAGACUUGCACCAGCUUAGCUUUGACACAUGUGGAAUCUGGUGACCGGGCAGCCUUCUCUAAGCUGGUGGAAGCCAUCAAGACCAACUUCAACGAGCGAUACGAGGAGCUGCGCAGACACUGGGGCGGCGGUGUUCUCGGCAACAAGUCUAACGCGCGCAUCGCCAAGCUAGAAAAGGCUAGGGCGCGCGAGAUCGCUCAGAAACAGGGCUAGACACAAUAAACUUUAAUUACGUUUA